GAGCUUGGAGGGGGUGGAGGCGGCUGUCUGUCGGUGGCGGCGGCUGUUGUCGCUGUUCCUCUCCACCCUCCCCGGCAGAGAGGUUUGGAGACUAAUUUGGCACCAACUUUUACAGCACAUAAUAAAAUAAUUUUGUCUCCAGGAGGGAGCGGCGAACAUGACGGCGGGGGAGAGCCGGCCGGAGCACAGCGGCGAGGAAAAGAACGGUUGCUUAAUCAUCAGCCAGCUGCGGGAAAUCACAGGAGUUCAUGACAAUCGGCUGCUGCAGAAGGCACUCCAGGUCAGUAAUGGUGACAUAAAUCAGGCAGUGAGCUUCCUCACUGAUGAAAGUGCCAGGGAGCCAGAUUACGGAGCAACGGCCAAUGAACCGGACAGUGAGUGCAGUGGAGCCACAGAUAACCAGUCACGUGGCAGUGUCAUCGAUCUCACUGGUGAUGAAAAGGAGGACCUUCAGAAGGCAAUCGCACUGAGCCUGAAGGAAAGCGAUAAGCUGCAGAAGGAAGCUGGGAUUGUUGUCGAGAAUCAGGACCUUAACCAAGCAGGGGAUGCAAAUGCUGGUGAGAGUAAAGCCGGAUUGAAAAGGAAGAGGUGUGAAGCAUGGGGUGAUUCUCCCAACCCACACGAUCGGAAGCGGGAGGACAAGUGGCCAGUGGGGCUGAAGAAUGUCGGGAACACCUGCUGGUUCAGUGCUGUGAUACAGUCGCUAUUCCAACUGCCUGUGUUUCGUCGACUUGUGCUGAGCUACAAGGUGCCAGAAAAUCCACAUGAAAAUUGCAGAAGCCAUACCGAGCUGCGAAACUUGGCAUUCAUGCAGGAACUUCGCUGCCUAUUUGCACUGCUGGUUGCCUCCAAGCGGAAGUAUGUUGAUCCAUCAAAUGCAGUGGAACUCCUUAAAGAUGCGUUUCGGUCCAGUGAAGCACAGCAGGAUGUGAGUGAAUUUACACACAAACUCCUGGAUUGGUUGGAGGAUGCUUUCCAAUUGGCAGCAAGUACAAAAAAUUUACACAAAAAAUUGCAAAACCCAAUGGUGGAACUCUUCUAUGGCACAUUUUUGGCUGAAGGCAUUCAUGACGGCAAGAUGUUCUCUAAUAUUGAAACGUUCGGACAGUAUCCUCUGCAGGUUAAUGGUUUUAAUGAUCUCCAUGAAUGUUUGGAAGGAGCCAUGGUGGUUGGAGAGAUUGAGACUCUACAUUCAGAUCAAUCGGUCAGAUCCGGCCAAGAGAAUUGGUUUACAAAACUGCCUCCUGUACUGACUUUUGAACUCUCUAGAUUUGAGUUCAAUCAGUCCUUGGGAAGGCCGGAAAAAAUUCACAAGAAACUGGAAUUUCCUCACAUCAUUUAUAUGGACAGGUAUCUGCACAAGAACAAGGAACUUACUCGCAGCAGAAGGGAAGAGGUAAAGAAGCUGAAAGAACAAUCAACUGUCCUCCAGCAGCGAUUAGAGAGGUAUAUGAAUUAUGGGUCUGGUCCCAGUCGGUUCCCCCUGGCAGACAUGUUACAGUAUGUCUGGGAGUUUGCCAGCACUAAACCAUCAAGCGUGCCCCCUACUCAAGACGCCGUGAUGACAUCACCUCCAAAGCAGCAGCCUGACACUAAUGUGGCCCUGCCGCUGCAAAUCAGUGUCUCAGAACUGACAACUGCUGAACUGCCUGAAACUGCAAGCCCUGCAAGCCCCACAAGCACACCCCAGCUGCAACGUGCAACUUUGCACAAGCCUUUCACUCAGACCAAGCCUCCCAUGGAGAUGCCUGCCCACCCAGCGCCCCGACACAUCACGGCGGAAGAGUUUACCUUCCUGGACAGCUGCCUUCAGCGCUGGAGGGCAGAGGUGGAACUUGAUAUUGCAGAUCUGAAGAACAGGAUCACACAGAUCAAACAUUCAAUUGAGCAGAUGUACAUGGACAGUUUAAUGUGUCAGGUUCCUUAUCGACUUCAUGCAGUGCUCGUGCAUGAAGGUCAGGCUUCCGCUGGCCAUUAUUGGGCUUACAUCUAUGACCACAGUGAGAAAAUCUGGCUAAAAUACAAUGACGUCUCAGUCGCAGUAUCGUCAUGGGAAGAGCUGCAGAGAGAUUCAUAUGGAGGGUCACGGAAUGCCAGCGCGUAUUGCCUGAUGUAUAUCAAUGAUAAUUUACCCCAACUCAUUGCAGAGGACACAGAUGUGGAAACCGGACAGAUUUUGAGAUCCAUCCAUGCCCUUCCGCCUGAACUUGUGGCAUUUGUUCGUGAAGACAACCGGCGUUUUAUGCAGGAAUUAGAAGAGUGGAAUGAUGAACAAGUCCGAAAAAUCCCACAAAAGGAACUGGUUCCAAUGGCACAGGUUCAGGAACCUACGGACAGUGCUACAGAAGAACAGACUGUUGCCAGUCAGCAGAGUACGUGCUCUGCCUCUGCCAAGCACGCUGUGAUGGUAAAGGAUCAGACAGCCCAGGCCAUUGAGAAAGCUGCAACGUCUUAUGAGAAUGUUGGUGCUGAGGCUGCCCUGAAGGAGGUGAGAACCAAGGAGACCAAAGGGAAGUCUGACUCUGAGCCUGAAAAAGAACCAGAGCAAGAGCCAGAGCCGGUCAGUGAGCAAGAGCAGCAGUCUGAAAGCGCUGGUACCCAGAUAUCAGAGGUGGACAUUCCGACUGUUGGAAAGGUUCAGGUUCGCCACGAUGCUGAUGGCUACAAUGAGGAGGAAAUGUUAAGUCCAGCUAUGCAGGGCAUCAUUCUAGCUAUUGCCAAGUCCAGACAAGUCUAUGACCGGGAUGGUGCUGAGGCAGGGUUAAUAAAGGCAUUCCAUGAAGAGUAUUCACGGUUGUUUGAUUUGGCAAAGGACAAGCCGACACCCCAGAAUGAUCCUAGACUUCAGCACGUCCUCAUCUACUUCUUCCAGAACAAAGCUUCCAAGCGGGUAAUCGAAAGGACGCUCCUGGAACAGUUUGCAGAUAAAAACCUGAGUUAUGAUGAAAGGUCCAUAAGUAUAAUGAAAGUGGCACAGACAAAGUUGAAGCUCAUUGGACCCUCCGAUAUGGACAUGCAGGAAUAUAAGGAAUGGCACGAGGACUAUAGCUUGUUUCGGAAAGUUUCUGUCUACCUCCUGACUGGACUGGAGUGCUACCAAAAUGGAAAAUGCCGUGAAUCCCUCACUUACUUGGUCCAUGCAUACCACAGCAACCUGAAGCUGUUGAAGAAUGGGAAGAAUCGGGGUGUUGACGAGACAUUGAUUGCAUUCUACAGGAGAAAGUGCCUUCUGGAGCUGAAUGCUCAUGCAGCACACUUGUUUGAAAGUGGCAAUGAGAGCGAUGUAGCGGAAGGAUUGAGCAUAAUGAAUGACCUGGUCAUUCCAUGCAUGCACCUGAUAGUCACCAAUGAGCUCUCCAAGGAAGACCUGGCUGCGGUGGAGAUGAUGAGAAACCACUGGUGUUCCUACCUUGGUGAAGACAUGGAUUCCCAUCUGCAGGAGAAACUCACUGAAUUCCUCCCGAGGCUUUUGGAUUGUUCUGUGGAGGUUCGAAUCCUACGAGAGCCGCCAAAGAUCCGGCCGAACUCGCCCCAUGACCUGUGUAACAGGUUUGCGGCAGUAAUGGAGUCCAUUCACAGCACGUCACCUGUCACUGUCAAAUAGCCCCUCUGUCUGAUACUGGAAUUUUGAAUACUUGAUCAUUUGAAUUAUGUGGUCUUUGUGUACCAAAGCACUUCCCAAGCAUUGAUCCUGUAGCUGAUUGUCAAACACUGUUAUGUCAGGUCUGGGAGAGUGGAGACAUAGCAUGAGUUACAUGAAAUACUGGGUGCCUUUAUUUUCAUGCAACUUUGUAUUUUGUA